ACAACAUUCAACUUUCAAGUGAUAAGUGAACGUGCGCAUGCGUAUUGCGCACUAAUACUGAUAAGUUGUCUAGGAGUUGUCAUUCAGUCAUUGUCAAUUUGUUACUUAUCUUCUGCAUUUCAAUUUUCAUACUAAAUACCAACAAACGAAAUGAUGCCCUCACAUAAUGUAUUAAUUUGUAUUAAUGCAAAUUGAUAUAACUGCUGGUUGAUAGUGCUGGCCGCAGGUUGAUUGCAGUUGAUUGAUGAAGUAAUUCAUUUUAAUCCAAAAUGGAAAGCGGUGGCCUGAAUUAUGAACUAUUUUUGCAAGAAAUCGAAGGAGUCGAUGAUUAUUGGGGCCCAACUUUCAGAGCUAUUUACGAAUGUGACGAUCAUCCUAAAUUUAUGGAACAACUUGAUAAAAGAAUCAAGUAUCAUGAUAAAGAAAUAGAACGGAUGUGUAAUAAUUAUUAUCAAGGAUUCAUCGACUCGAUUAAAGAUCUUCAGCAAGUUCGAAAUCAAGCAAAAAAUCUGAAAAAUAAAGUUGUCGAAAUUGAUAAAGCAAUUCAAAAAUCUUCGAAAAAUUUCGAAGAGAAAUGUGAAGGUUUGGUGGAAGCGCGCAGAAUAGAGUAUAAUACAACCGCAGCGAUUUCAACCUUGUCCAGUUGUGUACCGGUAUUAGCCACAUACAGUAAACUACAAAAACAGAUAUCCGACAAAAGAUAUUAUCCAGCUUUGAAAACUUUGGAACAAUUGGAACAUUUGUACCUGCCGAGAGUUUCGAAUUUGAAAUUUUUUCAGCAAAUGAUUGAAAAUAUUCCUGAAAUUAGAGAAAAUGUGAAAAAAGUAUCCAUGUCAGAUUUGAAAGAUUUCUUAGAGAAUAUUCGUCGGCUAUCUUCAAAAAUUGGUGAAGUUGCUAUGAGACAUACUGCUGAACAACUUGGUAGUGAUUUAGAUGUGGUAGGAAUAAAAUCCAAGAAGAAGAAACACGUACCAGGAGAUAAUUCUCCAGAUGUGAUGUUGGAAAGUGAUGAAGAUCUGAGUGCACAGCAUUUAAUUGAUUUUUCUCCUAUAUACCGUUGUCUACACAUAUAUACUGUGUUAUCAUCCAGGGAUGUUUUUGAAAAUUAUUACAGAACCCAACGUGAAAAACAAGCUGGACUCGUUGUACAACCACCAUAUAGCAAAUUGGAAACGAUUGUACAUUACAAGCAGUAUUUGCAGAGUAUCGUUGGGUUUUUUGUUCAAGAAGAUCAUAUUUUGAAUACCAGUAGCGGAUUAAUUGACAGAAAAUAUCUGAAUGAAUUGUGGGAUUCUUCUUUGUCAAAAAUAAUAUCAACUUUGAAGAGCCAGACUGUGAUCUGUUCAGAUGCCAAUUUAUUAUUGCGAAUUAAAGAUUUGAUAUUGUUAUUUGCGGCCACUUUGAGAAAUUACGGUUAUAAAGUUGAACCACUAAUCGAUUUUCUGCAUGAAAUGAAAGAUAAGUACAACGAUAUUUUAAUGCAGCGAUGGGUUCAAGUUUUUAUGAGAAUUUUAGAAGAAGGAAGAUUUCUACCUAUUCAAGUUUCAAAUCCUGGAGAAUACGAAGAUAUUGUCGAAAUGUUUCCUUUCAAGAAUAACGUCCUGGAGAAGGCUGAAUUUCCUAAAAAAUUUCCAUUUUCGGCCAUGGUUCCGAAUGUAUAUCAUGAAGUCAAAGAAUUUAUUUACGCAGUAUUGAAAUUUACUGAAGAUUUAAAUUUAAAGCAAGCAGAAGUUGAUGAUAUGAUCCGAAAAUCGACGAAUAAAUUAUUAACUCAAAUAUUUAGCAGUUGUUUAUCAUCUUUAUUUCAAAAGUCAAAUCUAACAUUAUAUCAAACUACCCAAAUCAUAAUUGAUACCAAUUACUUGGAAAAAUCAUCAGUUUACUUGGAAGAAUUUAUUUCCAAUAUUACGGGAUCUUCUAGAGAUGCCCAGCUGUAUUCUGAAACCGACAUUUAUUUAUUCAAAGUUGCUAGAGAUGAUGCUGAAAGGCAAAUUUGUGAAAAAUUAAAAAACAAACUGGACGAAUUUUUAGAAUUGGAGAAUUACGAUUGGAUACUUGUUGAACCACAGGGUCACGCAUCAAGUUUCAUCACAGACCUGAUUGCAUUCUUAAAAAGUACAUUCGAAUCUUUCACCGAUUUACCGGCCGAAGUUGCGCAAAAAGCGUGCCAUUCAGCGUGUGAACAUAUUGCCAAGUCUUUACUGCGUUUCAUGACGAGCGAAGAUGUUAAACAAAUAUCCAUGGGUGCUUUGCAGCAAAUUAAUUUGGAUACAAUUCAAUGCGAACAAUUUGCUGCAUCUGAACCUGUAUCAGGACUAGAGGAAGGAGCUUUAUUGCAUUAUUUUAAUGAUCUGAGGCAAUUAUUAGAUCUGCUCAUGUCUUGGGAUUGGUCCGCCUAUUUUCAUGAUUAUGGACAAGAGAAUAAUAAAUAUGAACAUGUUAAUCCGCUGACAGCUAUCAUAAUUUUAGAAAAAUUGAGAGAGGCUGAUAAGAAAAGUGUUUUUAUGGCUUUGAAGAAGAGCGAAAGGGAUAAAAGAAAGUUACUCGAUACAGUUUUGAAGCAACUUCGUCCGUUGGCCAAUAUCAAUUGAUUUAAGUAUCAUUUACACCAAGCGGAUGAUUUCGAUUCACGAGUAAUAAAAUGCGGUGUAUCUAUCCCCUCUCAAGAUUUGUUAGUUAUCGCUGAAGUAAAACUUCAUUUCCGAAUUUUUCACGGUUUUGUUAUGUUAUUAGACUCAUCAUUUUUGUUACUGUCAUUUGUCAAUUAUUUACCCAUAUUAUAAGAGCGUUAUUUGCUUUUUUCAACUAAAACUUUUAUAAUUUUAUCAUCGUAUCAUGUGCGAAAAACAUUGGUCACCGUUCCAUUACUUAUUCCGCUGUAUUAUUAUGUAUUUGAAAUCUGUACCUUUUUGAAGGAAAUAUAUAUAUUUUUUUUUCAUUUCAAAGCUCAUUAAAUACCUAUUUAUCAUUGA